CUCCAGAGGUGAGGCUGUUGUUUAAAAACCUGGAGCCAGGAGGGGAGACCCCCACAUUCAAGAGGAGCUUUCAGGCGAUCUGGAGGAAGAACGGCAGAACACACAGUGAGGUAAGGUCCUCUCUGGGGAUCACCCCAUUGGCUGAAGAUGAGAUCACUCUUCCUCUUGUGUUUUGCCUUACCUGGCCUCCUGCAUGCCCAGCAAGCCUGCUCCCGUGGGGCCUGCUAUCCACCUGUCGGGGACCUGCUUGUUGGGAGGACCCGGUUUCUCCGAGCUUCAUCUACCUGUGGACUGACCAAGCCUGAGACCUACUGCACCCAGCAUGGUGAGUGGCAGAUGAAAUGCUGCAAGUGUGACUCCAGGCAGCCUCACAACUACUACAGUCACCGAGUAGAGAAUGUGGCUUCAUCCUCCGGCCCCAUGCGCUGGUGGCAGUCACAGAAUGAUGUGAACCCUGUCUCUCUGCAGCUGGACCUGGACAGGAGAUUCCAGCUUCAGGAAGUCAUGAUGGAGUUCCAGGGGCCCAUGCCCGCCGGCAUGCUGAUUGAGCGCUCCUCAGACUUCGGUAAGACCUGGCGAGUGUACCAGUACCUGGCUGCUGACUGCACCUCCACCUUCCCUCGGGUCCGCCAGGGCCGGCCUCAGAGCUGGCAGGAUGUUCGGUGCCAGUCCCUGCCCCAGAGGCCUAAUGUGCGCCUAAAUGGGGGGAAGGUCCAACUUAACCUUAUGGAUUUAGCAUCUGGGAUUCCAGCAACUCAAAGUAAAAAAAUUCAAGAGCUGGGGGAGAUCACAAACUUGAGAGUCAACUUCACCAGGCUGGCCCCUGUGCCCCAGAGGGGCUACCACCCUCCCAGCGCCUACUAUGCCGUGUCCCAGCUCCGUCUGCAGGGGAGCUGCUUCUGUCACGGCCAUGCUGACCGCUGCGCCCCCAAGCCUGGGGCCUCUGCUGGCCCCUCCACCACCGUGCAGGUCCACGAUGUCUGCGUCUGCCAGCACAACACUGCCGGUCCAAAUUGUGAACGCUGUGCGCCCUUCUACAACAACCGGCCCUGGAGACCUGCAGAGGGCCGGGACACCCAUGAAUGCCAAAGGUGCGACUGCAAUGGGCACUCAGAGACAUGUCACUUUGACCCCGCUGUGUUUGCCGCCAGCCAGGGGGCAUAUGGAGGUGUGUGUGACAAUUGCCGGGACCACACCGAAGGCAAGAACUGUGAGCGGUGUCAGCUGCACUAUUUCCGGAACCGGCGCCCGGGAGCUUCCAUUCAGGAGACGUGUAUCCCCUGCGAGUGUGAUCCGGAUGGGGCAGUGCCAGGGGCUCCCUGUGACCCAGUGACCGGGCAGUGUGUGUGCAAGGAGCAUGUGCAGGGAGAGCGCUGUGACCUAUGCAAGCCAGGCUUCACUGGACUCACCUACGCCAACCCGCAGGGCUGCCACCGCUGUGACUGCAACAUCCUGGGAUCCCGGAGGGACGUGCCGUGUGACGAGGAGAGUGGGCGCUGCCUGUGUCUGCCCAACGUGGUGGGCCCCAAGUGUGACCAGUGCGCUCCCUACCACUGGAAGCUGGCCAGUGGCCAGGGCUGUGAACCGUGUGCCUGCGACCCACACAACUCCCUCAGCCCCCAGUGCAACCAGUUCACAGGGCAGUGCCCCUGUCGGGAAGGCUUUGGUGGCCUGACGUGCAGCGCUGCAGCCAUCCGCCAGUGUCCAGACCGGACCUAUGGAGACGCAGCUACAGGAUGCCGAGCCUGUGACUGUGAUUUCCGGGGAACAGAGGGCCCAGGCUGCGACAAGGCAUCGGGCCGCUGCCUCUGCCGCGCUGGCUUGACUGGGCCCCGCUGUGACCAGUGCCAGCGAGGCUACUGCAACCGCUACCCGGUGUGUGUGGCCUGCCACCCUUGCUUCCAGACCUAUGAUGCGGACCUCCGGGAGCAGGCCCUGCGCCUUGGUAGCCUCCGCAAUGCCACCGCCAGCCUGUGGUCAGGGCCAGGGCUGGAGGACCGUGGCCUGGCCUCCCGGAUCCUAGACGCAAAGAGUAAGAUUGAGCAGAUCCGAGCAGUUCUCAGCAGCGCCGCAGUCACAGAGCAGGAGGUGGCUCAGGUGGCCAGUGCCAUCCUCUCCCUCAGGCGAACUCUCCAGGGCCUGCAGCCGGAUCUGCCCCUAGAGGAAGAGACGUUGUCCCUUCUGAGAGACCUGGAGAGUCUGGACAGAAGCUUCAAUGGCCUCCUCACUAUGUAUCAGAGGAAGAGGGAGCAGUUUGAAAAACUAAGCAGUGCUGAUCCUUCAGGAGCCUUCCGGAUGCUAACCACAGCCUACGAGCAGUCAGCCCAGGCUGCUCAGCAGGUCUCCGACAGCUCACACCUUUUGGACCAGCUCAGGGACAGCCGGAGAGAGGCAGAGAGGCUGGCGCAGCAGGCGGGAGGAGGAGGAGGCACCGGCAGCCCCCAGCUUGUGGCCUUGAGGCUGGAGAUGUCUUCGUUGCCUGACCUGACACCCACCUUCAACAAGCUCUGUGGCAGCUCCAGGCAGAUGGCUUGCACCCCAGGAUCAUGCCCUGGUGAGCUGUGUCCCCAUGACAAUGGCACAGCCUGUGGCUCCUACUGCAGGGGUGUCCUUCCCAGGGCUGGUGGGGCCUUCUGGACGGCAGGGCAGGUGGCUGAGCAGCUGCGGGGCUUCAAUGCCCAGCUCCAGCAGACCAGGCAGAUGAUUAGGGCAGCCGAGGAAUCAGCCUCGCAGAUUCAAUCCAAUGCCCAGCGCCUGGAGACCCAGGUGAGCACCAGCCGCUCCCAGAUGGAGGAAGAUGUCAGACGCACGCGGCUCCUCAUCCAGCAGGUCCGGGAUUUCCUAACAGACCCCGAAACUGAUGCAGCCACUAUCCAGGAGGUCAGCGAGGCUGUGCUGGCCCUGUGGCUGCCCACAGACUCAGCUACCGUUCUGCAGAAGAUGAAUGAGAUCCAGGCCAUUGCAGCCAGGCUCCCCAACGUGGACCUGGUGCUGUCCCAGACCAAACAGGACAUUGCGCGGGCCCGCAGGCUGCAGGCUGAGGCUGAGGAAGCCAGGAGCCGAGCCCAUGCAGUGGAGGGCCAGGUGGAGGAUGUGGUUGGGAACCUGCGGCAGGGCACAGUGGCACUGCAGGAAGCUCAGGACACCAUGCAAGGCACCAGCCGCUCCCUUAGGCUUAUCCAGGAUAGGGUUGCUGAGGUUCAGCAGGUACUGCAGCCAGCAGAAAAGCUGGUGACAAGCAUGACCAAGCAGCUGGGUGACUUCUGGACACGGAUGGAGGAGCUCCGCCGCCAAGCCCGGCAGCAGCGGGCACAGGCAGUCCAGGCCCAGCAGCUUGCAGAAGGUGCCAGCGAGCAGGCACUGAGUGCCCAAGAGGGAUUUGAGAGAAUAAAACAAAAGUAUGCUGAGUUGAAGGACCGGUUGGGUCAGAGUCCCACGCUGGGUGAACAGGGUGCCCGGAUCCAGAGUGUGAAGACAGAGGCAGAGGAGCUAUUUGGGGAGACCAUGGAGAUGAUGGACAGGAUGAAAGGACUCUCGGCUUGACACCUUUAAGUCUCUGUGGACGAUGCCAUUCUCAUGGAGGUAUUUCACCGCCGACAAGACCUGCUGGAUCACCAGACUGGCAUCCUUCUCUGUGUAGACACCCCGCUCCAGGAUCCGGUCAAAGAGCUCCCCACCAGAAACACUGUGGGCAUAGGAUCAAGACAGGAAUUCUGUUCUCAUUUCAGGUCAAAGUAAUGCGAAAGUGUUUGCUUUGAAGCCAUGGGGGACACAGCUGUGGUGGAACAGGCAGGCACCCAUGAACUGCGAUUGAAGGGGUGCUGGAAGGACUACUCCAGUCUCAGAACACCCACUGUGGGCACCUGGAGUGAUAUCACCAGGCAGUCAUUUCUUUGGGCCAAGCAUUGACCUCUCUCUCUGACAAUUUCCUUUAAAAUGUAAAUGCUUCCGGUUGGGGUUGCACAAGAAGCCAAUAAUUCCUUAGUGUGGACACACUUCUUAGCCACCUUCCUUCCUGGCCUAUGACACAGGAAGCCAUGAUGAAAGAGAGGGCUGACACAGAAAUUAAGCAAAGUAGGAAAGGGAAGGCAUGAAAGUGAAACUAACUGUGCUUAUAUUAAGAUUUCUUUCCUCAUUUUGGGAAAUUGGACUUCGUAAAGCUGGAAUUACAGGUAGGGCUGUACGGGUGCUUUGAGACUCAAAUGGUAGAGUAUCUUAGGACUCAGAGGAGCUUAAAGAUCAAGUCCGACUUCUA